AUGUUUGUAUUUCUUGCUAUAUUCUGUCUUUUUUCGUCAUUCCAAAUGGCUCAAGGAAAUUCUUGCGAAUUUUCUCAUAUUUCUCUGUGCGCUAAAGUAAGAAAUAGAAAUCAGAAAUAUUACAAAAAUUAUUCACAUGAUCUUAUGUAACAUUUUAGAAAAUCGUCGAUCUGAAUGAAUUUAUAUGGAUUCGCAAUCCACCAAGUGUUGCUACCUGGUAUAAACAAACUUCCGUUUUGUGUGAUGAAGCUGAUGAAUGUAUGAAAUCGCUCGGAAAAUGUCCAAAACAUGCUUCAAAAAUAAUGGAUGUUGCAAUCCGAUGCCAGAAUCAACGAUUUUUGGCUCAAGAUGAUUUCAUCGAUUGCUCGAUUCUUCUCAAGAACUUUGAGUUGACGGGAGGAAGAAAUUCGUGCGGUCAUAUUCCACUGGUUUGUUUUACUUUUUCUAAAAAUUAAAAAAAAACUUUUUUUCAGCCAAAUCACCUCGACGAGGUUUGCAGCACUUCGCAACAAGUUGAAGAAUGCGAGUCGAAACAUAUCGCUGAAGUUUGCGGAGUAGAAUAUGUUUCAGUUUUCAAGAAGUAUUAUGAUGCGCAGUUAUCAGGAACGGCAUGUUAG